AUGAAAUCGUCAGCUGCAAGAUCAAUGCCUAAUGAUCGACGUCGGGUGGCGCCACCACCACCACCGCCACCGCCACAGCCAGUUUUCUUCCCUUAUCCGAUGCUACCUUAUAACCAUCCAUACGCGUACACGCCGCCGCCUGUAUCUUGGUCGUUUGUUCGUCCACAACCACCUAUACCCUCUUGGGACAACCUUACUUACGUUUAUACUCAAACAUUGCCUUCAUUAUCUUCGUUUGUUUCUCCACCACCACCACCAACACCGCCUUCUUUGCCUUUUUGGAACAAUACUCAAACAUUGCAUCCACCUUCCUUCCCAACACCAACACCAGCACCGCCUUUUCCUUUAGCUUAUACUACUCCACCAUUAAUGCAUCCACCUUCCUUCCCAACACCAACACCAUCAGCACCGCCUUUACCGUUGCGUCCACCUUCCAAUUCCUUCCCUCCAAAGAAAGAAGAAGAUUUGAGCCACAAGAUUCUCAAACAAAUUGAAUAUUAUUUUUGUGACAAUAAUCUUGCCAAAGAUCUUCAUCUGAAAGACCAAAUGGACAUCGACAACGGAUGGGUUUCGAUUGAGAUAAAAGAGAUGACAGAUGAUAUUAAGUUGAUUCUGGACAGCUUGAAACAUUCAGAUACAAUCGAAGUCGAGGUUUGA